CCCCAUUGCCCCGUCCACACUGCUGGGUUCCUCCCGUUGGUGAGGAUCGUGGAUCCGGAUCAUCCGUGGCGGGCAGCAUCCCAGGCCUCCAUGGUGUUCCCUGCGGGGGAAGACUCCACCUUUGGAGGUUACUGACAAGGCUCCCGACUUCGUCCCCAAACCGGUUCAGCUUUCUCCCGAAAGGCGUGCCAGACCGCUGCGGGGUCGGCGGCUGAGCGAUCGAGCGGCUGCAUCUGGAAGCUAAAAGUAAAGGCACCACGGAGGAGCAGGGGAGGAAGAGAAGCUCGCGGGUGGCGGGUGACCCGACCUGGCCCAGAGCCAGGCCGGCAGGAAGGGUUCUGGAUAUGGAAUUCUGAUUAGGCUAGGGCCAGGCGACGCCAACGAGGCGCUGCCUCCCUACUGUGAGCGGCGGUGUCGAGCGAGGUACAGCCCAGGGUCCUCAGCAAGCGCAGAACCACGCGAAACCCGCUCGGAUGCUGGGCGCCGGCAUCCGGGCCGCGCCCUCACUUUCGCGCUCCGCCGAUGCUCGGCUUCAGGCCGGGCUCCGAACCCCACGCCUUGCCGACUUCCGGAGCUCUUCCUCCAGCACCGGGGUGCACCGUCCUGUCCGGGGAUCCAGCCCCUCGUCUACGCGUGGCCGAGCCCUGGGUGGCGGUGACUGUGUUCCGGGCGGUCCAGUGAGAUCCGGGGCGGGUGGGGGACCAGAGCGGCGCGCACGGAACGCGGGGCGUGGCCAGGCCGGCCCAGAGGCUCAGCUCCCUCCCCGCACCGCCGCCAAGUAGAGCAAAAAGUUUGAGUCCGGAGGGGGGCGAUCCCUCGGAGUCCGUGUCAGCCCAGUGCUGCAGUUGUUCCCUCUGUCGCGGGGCUGGGCCCGAGAGGAGCUGCUUUCCGCCACUGACUGGAUCUGGCCGCCUCGGGGAAUGACGAGGGCGCUCUCACAGCCCAGGGAGGUGGAGAGGGCGAGCCCCACGGCCAGUCGCCAGACACCCUCCUGGGCAACACCGAUAAGGAGCUGAACGCGGGAGCCGCGGUUACCUCUCGCAGCGCCGGGGCAGCACCAGUGGCCCCUUGUCAGCGGGAGCCAGGGGACUUGGUUAUGGAGCCAGACUGCCCCCGGGGACUGCUCCCGCGGCCGUGCAGAGUGCUGGUGCUUCUGAACCCCCAAGGUGGCAAAGGCAAGGCUCAGCAGCUCUUCCAGAGCAGUGUGCAGCCCCUUCUGGAGGAGGCAGAGAUAUCCUUUAAACUGAUGCUUACGGAACGGCAGAACCAUGCCAGGGAGCUGGUGUAUGCUGAGGAGCUGGGCCGCUGGGAUGCCCUGGUGGUCGUGUCCGGUGAUGGUCUGAUGCACGAGGUGGUGAAUGGGCUAAUGGACCGGCCCGACUGGGAGACUGCCAUCCAGAAACCCCUGUGUAGCCUUCCUGGAGGCUCUGGCAAUGCGCUGGCAGCUUCCAUGAACUACUAUGCUGGGUACGAGCAGGUGACUAAUGAAGAUCUCCUCAUCAACUGCACACUGCUGUUGUGCCGCCGACACCUGUCACCCAUGAACCUGCUGUCCCUGCACACCGCUUCUGGACUGCAGCUCUAUUCUGUGCUCAGUCUGUCCUGGGGUUUCGUUGCUGACGUGGACCUCGAGUCCGAGAAGUACAGGCGCUUGGGGGAGAUCCGUUUCACCGUGGGAACCUUAUUUCGACUAGCGAGCCUGCGCAUCUACCAAGGCCAACUGGCCUACCUUCCUGUAGGGAGUGCUGCCUCCAGGGUACCUGCUUCUACUCGGGUGCAGAAGGGUCCGGUGGACACAUACCUUGUUCCUCUGGAGGAGCCGGUGCCUUCUCACUGGACCGUGGUGUCAGAACAGAACUUCGUUCUGGUGCUGGUGCUGCUCCACACCCACCUGAGCUCUGAGAUGCUUGCAGCGCCCAUGGGCCGCUGUGAGGCUGGCGUUAUGCAUCUGUUCUAUGUGCGUGCGGGAGUGUCAAGGGCCACGCUGCUGCGCCUCUUCCUGGCCAUGCAGAAGGGCAAGCAUAUGGAAUUUGACUGUCCAUACUUGGUUCAUGUGCCAGUGGUAGCCUUCCGCCUGGAGCCCAAGAACCAGAGGGGCGUGUUUUCUGUGGAUGGAGAGCUGAUGGCAUGUGAAGCCGUGCAGGGCCAAGUGCACCCAAACUACCUUUGGAUGGUCUGUGGCAGCAGGGAUUCCCCAUCCGGCUGGGACUCCCAGCGGAGGCCACCUCCAGAAGAACCAGUGUGACUGUGCCUUUGUUUACUCUGUCUACACUGAUGGGCCCCUCCCGUGCAUCCAUCUCUUGGUAUGGGAGGCUAUUUCUAAAGCUCUUAUGGAGGUGGUGGGGACCCCUGCAGAGAAAGCUAGAAGGUGGUGCUAUGUCCUGGAAAGAAAGGCUCCACCCUCUAGUUCGAAGGAGACCCCGGGGCAGAGUCCCACUGGCUGGGCCAGUUGCAUAUAGAAGGCACUCCCCAUUGCUCCUGACGACCUUCCCUGAGAACCAGAUUCAAAUAAAGAUACUUUUCCAA